AUGAGGCCAAGGGAAGAACUGGAAGCUAUUUCGUGGUAUUGGAAGAACUACCAAUAUGUACUGGCCUUUCUCUUUGCCAUUGAGGAGAUCAACAAGAGCCCGCAUCUACUCCCCAACCAUUCCCUGGGUUAUGAUCUCUACAAUACCUUUCCCAGUGACAGAAGGUCCUUGCAGGGUGCUGUGUUUGGGCUCUCUGGAGGGAAGCAGACUCUCCCUAACUACAACUGCCAGGCUCAGAAGCAAUCUGUUGCUAUCCUUGUGGGAACCACAUCAGCAUUGUCAUUUGAGAUUGGAACCCUUCUAGAGCUCUACAAAAUCCCACAGGUCACAUAUGGUCCUUUUGAUCCCAUGCUAAGUGAUAUAAAACAGUUUCCAUCACUUUAUCAGAUGGCCCCCAGGGACACCUUUCUGACCACUGGUAUUGUACGGUUGUUGCUGCAUUUUGGAUGGAUGUGGGUGGCUCUCCUUGUAUCUGACGAUAUACAAGGGGAUCGAUUUCUUCAGGAUCUGAAAGCAAAGAUGGUAACCAAUGAUAUCUGUGUGGCCUUUACACAAAAGCUCCCUGCCAUCACAGGUGUGCACACAAUCCAAGAUAUUGAAAUUAUCAUUUCAACUGCACAUGUGCACAUAUUAUAUGGUGAUUUAGGGAGUCUCUUGAACAUAGGCAUGUCAACAAAUUUUCACUUAACCGCAGGGAAGGUUUGGAUCAUGGGAAAUCCAUCUACAUCACAGUGGGAUGUCGUUUUUGAUUAUUUGGAUGACAAGUGCCACUAUUACCAUGGAAGCCUCUUGUUUUCAGACAACAAGAGGGAAAUCCCUGGCUUCAGACACUUUCUCAGGAUGCUUAACUUUUCCCAAUACCCAGAUGACUAUUACUUCACAAAAUUCUGGAUUGACCAGCUUUAUUGCUCACUUUCUGAAUUACAUUGUGGGAGAAUUGAAUCCUGUGAACCAAAUUCUUCCUUAGAGUUUAUGCCAGACAAAACUGACAUGAUGAGUGUGUCUGCUCCUAGUUAUUUUGUCUAUAAUGCUGUUAAUAUGGUGGCCCACGCCCUCCACAAAAGGCUUUUAGAAAACCUAGAAGUGAGAUCUCUAGGAGAUGUAGACCAGCCUAUAAUUCCUCCCUGGCAGCUUCACCCAUUUCUAAGGAAAAUCCAAUUUACAAACGGCGCUGGGGACAACACAUCUUUAGAUGACAAGAACAACCACGUGACACAGUAUGAUGUCCAGAACCUUGUGAGAUUCCCCGAUAAGAGUUGGGUGCUGGUUAAAGUAGGAGAGUUUUUCUCCAAGAGUCCACAUAAUCAAGACUUGGUCAUCAAUGAAGAGAUGAUAAAAUGGCCGGUUAUAUUCAGAGAGACUCCACAAUCUGUGUGUACCCAGAAAUGCGUCCCAGGAUUCAGAAAAACUUCACAGGAAGGAAGGCCCAUCUGCUGUUUUCUUUGUGUUUCAUGCUCAGAGACAGAUAUUUCUAACCAGACAGAUGCACCUCAGUGUAUGCAGUGUCCAGCUCAAGAGUAUCCAAACAGUGAGAGAAGUCGCUGUCUCCCCAAGAAUCUAACCUUUCUGGGCUAUGAGGACGCUUUGGGGAUGGUUCUGGGCUUCACGGCUCUGUGCCUCUCUCUCGUGACAGUUGUGGUUUUUGGGGUCUUUGUGAAGCACCGAGACACUCCCAUAGUCAAGGCCAAUAACCGGGCUCUCAGUUUCAUCCUGCUCAUUUCUCUCCUCCCAUGCUUCCUCUCCUCCUUCCUCUUCAUUGGCCGUCCCAACACAGCCACCUGCAUCCUCCAACAGGUCACAUUUGCACUUGUGUUCACUGUGGCAAUUUCCACGGUUUUGGCCAAAACCAUGACUGUGAUUCUGGCAUUCAAGGCCACGAUGCCCAGAAGAAUACUGAGAUACUUGCUGCUGUCAGGGGCCUCUAACGCUGUAAUUCCCAUCUGCUCCCUGAUCCAAGUGAUUAUCUGUGCAAUCUGGCUGGGAUCCUCUCCCCCUUUUGUUGACACAGACUCGCACUCUGAGCCCAGAAGCCUCAUCAUCGUGUGCAACAAGGGCUCAGUCACUGCCUUCCACUGUGUGCUGGGCUACCUGGGCUCCUUGGCCCUGGGGAGCUUCACGGUGGCCUUCCUGGCCAGGAACCUGCCUGACACGUUCAAUGAGGCCAAGUUCCUCACAUUUAGCAUGCUGCUGUUCUGCAGUGUCUGGGUCACCUUCCUGCCCUUCUACCACAGCACUAAGGGGAAGGUCAUGGUGGCUGUGGAGGUCUUCUCUAUCUUGGCCUCCAGUGCAGGGCUCCUGGGCUGCAUCUUUGCCCCAAAGUGCUACAUUAUUCUGGUAAGACCCAGUAAGAACUCUCUGAAAGGUUUUAAAAAGAAGAAAUGUCAGAGUAAAUAA